AUGGGAGGAGGUAAUAAAGCACCAACAUCAGUUCAAGUUCAAAGAACUGCAUUCAUACACAAUCCAAAGAGUAAAAAGACAGCACAUAUUCUUUCACUUCCAAACGAAGGUCUAUGCUACACUUGUCAUGAAACCAUCGAAUGGAGAAAGAGAUACCGUAGAUAUAAACCAUUGACUGUUGCUGCAAGAUGUUGUAGAUGUGGAGAAAAGUCAGUAAAGAGAGCAUAUCAUGAAAUAUGUGAUGAGUGCGCUGUAGAUUUGGGUGUUUGUGCUAAAUGUCAAAAAGUAAAAGAAAUCAUUGCAGAGAGAACUGACAAGAAGAAAGAGAUAGAAGAACAAAAUCAAAUCAGAGAAUCAUUAAAAUACAUGACAGAGAGUGACAGAAGAACCUUCUUUAGAUUGGCCGAAAAGAAUGAUAUGUCACCGGCAGAGCUAAAGAGAAAGGAGAAGGAGCAAAAGAAACGUGAGAGAGCCCUCGCUGUCAAGAGAGAAAUGAACAGUGAUGAUGAAGACUUUGACGAAGAUGAAUUCGACGACAGCGACGACGAUACUCAAGCUGACAAACUAAAGAAACUUCAAAUCUCUAAAGACAAGAAACAAGACGAACCAAAGAAGGCAUUGGUAUAUGUAGAGUAUGAUGAAGAUGAAGACGACGAAGAAGAAGAAGCAUCAGAAGUUUUGUACAAAAAAUUAAAAGAGAAAUACAAAUUAGAUCAAUUAAAGUCUCAAAAGACACAGAUAGAAAGUGACGACGAUGAAGAAGAAGAUGAUGAAGAGGUAGAGGAGGAAGAAGAAGAAGAAGAAGAGGAUGAGGAAGAAGAGGAUGAAGAUGAAGAUGAAGAAGAUCAGGAUGAAGAGGAAGAUAUAGAUAAUUAUUAUGAGUAUUUAAAAAUGUAUAAUUUAUUAAAAUUUAAAAAAACAUUAAUAAGUUCUUCUUUGCUCACAAUUGGUAUUCUAAGUAAUGGAGAAAACAAAGAAAAGAUCAACAACUAUUUUGAUUCAAUUCGAAAUAAAUCAUCGUUGGUCACCUAUUGUUUAGAUGCACCUACUUCUGAUAAUAAUAAUAAACUAGGAGGUAGUGUGAUACCCGACUUCCCUGUUUGGGCCUCUACAUUGAUGUCAGGUGACUGUUCAAAGAUCUCACCAAUCGAAAAGAGAGUUGCCGGUCAAGUAGCAUCGAAAGAACUCAUUGCUUGGAAAGAACAGAACUUGGUACCCGGUGUUACUGCAUGCGUAAUGGUGCGUGGCUUUAGUGACAUUGAAAAUGGUAUUCAUGUGACUGAAGCUACCAAGAUGCGUAUUGCCAGUAUAUCAAAGAGUCUGACAUCCGCUGCUGUCGGUAUCCUUGUCGACGACAACAAACUUGACCUCGACACACCGAUCUCUCAAUACGAAGGUGACGAAUCGAAACACCGAUUCCCUGUGAAUCCACAUCAUCCAGAGAAACCACUGACUGCACGAUACUUGUCUUCUCACCUUGGUGGCAUCCGUCACUACCGUGAACCACGUGGCCCAACCUCUGAGUAUUUCAGUGUCGAAAAGUAUGAAACCGAUGACUACAGUAGUAGUAACAACAGUGCCAGGAAAAAGUUGAAACAUCCACUGGAGAUUUUCUCAACUGAUCCAUGGGUCGAACCAAAGGAAAAGAGUGAACCAGGCCACAGCUUCAACUAUAGUACUUUUGGAUUCACACUGCUGGGAACUGUCAUUGAGCGAAUUGCCAAACAAGAUUAUGUUUCUUUCAUGAAGUCACGUGUCUUUGAAAAAUGUGGAAUGAAUGGAAUAUCGGCAGACUAUCAUGACAGAAUCAUUCCGAAUCGCUCUAAACAAUAUGAUCUCGACUGUUCAGGUAAAUCUUCACAACUCUUGAAUGCAGAGUUUACCAACUCCUCUUACAAGUGGGCAGGUGGUGGAUUCGUUGCAACAUCAAAGGAUAUCUGUAAGUUUGGUACUGGAUUACUUGCAGGUUAUUUGGUAAAGCGUCAGACUCUCGAUACAAUGUUCACUCCCCAAACUCUAAAGUCAGGAAAACAAACGAAAUAUGGAAUUGGUUGGUUCAUUACCCCGAAUCCAAUCAUUCCAAAUCCAACUGAUUCUCUUGGAGACAAAGUAAUUUACCACACUGGCGCAGCAGUAGGAGGAACAACAAUAUUGGUAAUGCUACCGGUCCAAGGAGUGGUCGUCAGUAUCUUGGCAAAUCGACAAGAAAUCAGAGAUGUCACAACAAUCGGAAUCAAAAUUGCAAAUAUAUUCUCUGAACACUAUCAAUGUACAUAA